CGGGCUCCGCUCGCUCACGGCCCCCCCGCCGGCGGCGGCGGCGGCGGCGCCCAGCGCCCGGGCCCCGAUGAGUAACUCCCGCAACAACCGGGUGAUGGUGGAGGGGGUCGGCGCCCGCGUCGUGCGCGGCCCGGACUGGAAGUGGGGCAAGCAGGACGGCGGCGAGGGCCAUGUGGGCACCGUGCGGAGCUUCGAGAGCCCGGAGGAGGUGGUGGUGGUGUGGGACAACGGCACGGCCGCCAACUACCGCUGCUCGGGGGCCUACGACCUGCGCAUCCUGGACAGCGCGCCCACCGGCAUCAAGCAUGAUGGAACUAUGUGCGAUACUUGCCGCCAACAACCAAUCAUUGGCAUUCGAUGGAAGUGUGCAGAGUGCACAAAUUAUGAUUUGUGCACUGUUUGUUAUCAUGGAGAUAAGCAUCACUUACGGCAUCGAUUUUACAGGAUUACUACGCCAGGAAGUGAACGGGUUCUGUUAGAGUCUCGUAGGAAAUCUAAGAAGAUUACAGCCAGAGGAAUCUCUGCUGGUGCCAGAGUGGUGCGAGGAGUUGACUGGCAGUGGGAAGACCAGGAUGGGGGCAACGGGCGUAGAGGAAAGGUAACGGAAAUCCAAGACUGGAGUGCCUCGAGCCCACACAGUGCAGCGUAUGUUCUCUGGGAUAAUGGUGCUAAGAACCUCUACAGAGUCGGCUUUGAGGGCAUGUCUGAUCUGAAGUGUGUCCAGGACGCCAAAGGAGGUUCUUUCUACAGAGAUCAUUGCCCUGUGCUAGGUGAGCAGAACGGCAACAGGAAUCCUGGUGGAUUGCAGAUUGGUGACCUAGUCAAUAUAGACCUUGACCUAGAAAUUGUACAGUCUCUGCAGCAUGGUCACGGAGGAUGGACUGAUGGGAUGUUUGAGACUUUAACUACAACUGGAACUGUUUGUGGCAUUGAUGAAGAUCAUGACAUUGUAGUACAAUAUCCAAGUGGCAAUAGAUGGACCUUCAAUCCUGCUGUCCUCACUAAGGCAAACAUUGUUCGAAGUGGGGAUUCUGCUCAGGGUGCCGAAGGAGGCACAUCGCAGUUCCAAGUGGGUGAUCUUGUGCAAGUUUGUUAUGAUCUGGAAAGAAUUAAACUUCUCCAAAGAGGACAUGGUGAAUGGGCUGAAGCAAUGCUUCCAACUUUAGGUAAAGUUGGACGAGUCCAGCAGAUUUAUUCGGACAGUGAUUUAAAGGUGGAAGUUUGUGGAACGUCGUGGACGUAUAACCCUGCAGCAGUCUCCAAGGUGGCAUCUGCGGGGUCAGCCAUUAGCAAUGCAUCUGGCGAAAGACUCUCACAGCUUCUGAAGAAAUUAUUUGAAACCCAAGAAUCUGGUGACCUCAAUGAAGAGCUGGUUAAAGCUGCUGCCAAUGGGGACGUGGCUAAAGUGGAAGAUUUACUGAAAAGACCAGAUGUGGAUGUAAAUGGACAGUGUGCUGGCCACACAGCUAUGCAAGCUGCUAGUCAAAAUGGACAUGUUGAUAUUUUGAAGUUACUUUUGAAGCAAAAUGUAGAUGUAGAAGCAGAGGAUAAAGAUGGAGAUCGAGCUGUUCACCAUGCAGCCUUUGGGGAUGAGGGUGCUGUCAUUGAAGUCCUGCACCGAGGCAGUGCUGACCUGAAUGCUCGUAAUAAGCGCAGGCAGACGCCUCUGCACAUCGCCGUCAAUAAAGGCCAUCUUCAGGUUGUGAAGACUCUGCUGGACUUUGGUUGUCACCCCAGUCUCCAGGAUUCUGAAGGUGAUACUCCUCUUCAUGAUGCCAUAAGUAAGAAACGGGAUGACAUCCUGGCAGUUCUUCUGGAGGCGGGAGCAGAUGUGACCAUUACGAACAACAACGGCUUCAAUGCCCUGCACCAUGCUGCACUGAGAGGGAACCCCAGUGCAAUGCGUGUUUUACUCUCAAAAUUACCAAGACCAUGGAUUGUGGAUGAGAAGAAAGAUGAUGGUUAUACUGCCUUGCACCUGGCUGCCCUGAAUAAUCAUGUGGAAGUGGCUGAGUUGUUGGUACAUCAGGGAAAUGCGAACCUGGAUAUCCAGAACGUGAACCAGCAGACAGCCCUGCACCUUGCUGUUGAGCGGCAGCACACCCAGAUUGUUAGGCUCUUGGUCCGUGCGGGUGCUAAGCUGGACAUUCAGGAUAAGGAUGGAGAUACUCCUCUCCAUGAAGCUUUGCGGCAUCAUACUUUGUCUCAGCUACGCCAGCUUCAAGACAUGCAGGACGUGGGCAAGGUAGACGCUGCCUGGGAGCCGUCAAAAAACACAUUAAUAAUGGGACUUGGUACCCAGGGGGCUGAGAAGAAGAGUGCAGCAUCAAUUGCCUGUUUCUUGGCAGCCAAUGGCGCUGACCUCAGCAUUCGAAAUAAGAAGGGCCAGUCACCACUCGACCUCUGUCCGGAUCCAAGUCUCUGCAAAGCACUGGCAAAAUGUCAUAAGGAAAAAGUCAGUGGCCAAGUGGGUUCUCGGAGUCCUUCUAUGAUUAGCAAUGAUUCUGAAACCUUAGAGGAGUGUAUGGUGUGCUCAGACAUGAAGAGAGACACUCUUUUUGGUCCAUGUGGACACAUUGCAACUUGUUCUUUGUGUUCUCCGCGUGUCAAGAAGUGCCUCAUCUGUAAAGAACAGGUUCAGUCCAGGACAAAGAUUGAAGAAUGUGUGGUGUGCUCCGACAAGAAAGCGGCUGUUCUUUUUCAACCUUGUGGGCACAUGUGUGCUUGUGAGAACUGCGCCAGCCUGAUGAAGAAGUGUGUGCAGUGCCGGGCAGUGGUUGAACGAAGGGUGCCGUUCAUUAUGUGCUGCGGAGGGAAGAGCACAGAAGAGCCCCCGGAUGACAUCUCGAGUGGGAAUAUCGCAGCGCUGCAGAAGGACAAAGACAACACCAAUGUCAACGCAGACGUGCAGAAGCUACAGCAGCAGCUGCAGGACAUCAAGGAGCAGACAAUGUGCCCUGUGUGUUUGGAUCGGCUGAAGAACAUGAUUUUCCUCUGUGGCCACGGGACGUGCCAGCUCUGUGGAGACCGAAUGAGUGAAUGCCCAAUUUGUCGCAAGGCAAUUGAACGAAGGAUUCUUUUGUACUGAUUAAGAAACAGAGUGUUUUGUUAUCUCUGAAGUAUGUGAUCAUGGGAUCUUAGUAGGUUCUAAAGCUAGUUGGAAGUUUAAUCUAAUGGGUUAAUUUGUAAUUUUAUAAUUUCUUUAUUAGGAUGUAAUUAGACUGUAUAUGUAUCACCAUCACAACGAAAACAUCAUACAGUGUUUGAAAUUGCCGGUUGUGUGUGUAUAUGUCUGUCUGUGUCUAUGUUUUCCUCUUAAAUCUGGAAUAUCAAAUCCAUGGUAAUUCAUAGAAAAUUUGCUUUUGGCUUUGAAGGGGAAAAUCCUUUAAGGACCUUCUUUCACAUUUGUUCUUAUUACAUUUUCCUUUUUUAAUUUAUACAUAUGUUAAAUCUUAGAGCUUGACUUACAAGGUCAAUAUUCAGUCAUGAUUUCAUGAUUAUCAUGAUUUUACAUGGUAAAAUGACACAGCUAUUCCAAAAAGUCAUACCUUUGGUGAGAGUGAGGCGAGUCAAACCGUGUCACAUGUUUUAAAUGAUAAACAUAUAGUAGAGGUGCCACAUGGCUGAGGCAGUACUGAAGGAAAGAUUUAUUUCAAGACAAUUAAAAGUUAUCCAAAUGAUUGUUUCUGAAUUUUUAAGUAAGUGGAAGUAUGGGCUAAGAGAAUAAUGGCUUUACCUUAUUUUCUAUACUUAAAAGGAAAAUUAAGUAAAUGACUGAUUUCAAAAUCACCAGUAGACAUGAAAAGAAAAGGCAGAAUUCUAGUGAGGACCACAGGGUAGCCCAGGACGAUGUGGGCACACCUCCUGCCUGACUGUUGCCACUGCGCUUCCUGUACUAACUCGUCACUGUUUGGAUCACGGUGUAUAGAAAAAGAUCUGUGAGAAGUAAUUUCCGUUUUGUCCAGUGACAGCUGACCGAGGCUUGAUCUAGUCAGUGUGGGCACACCACCCUGUUGGUGCCUCUGAGGUCUGCUCAGCAGGGUGGUGCAUUAUUAGAGGCAGCCGUCUCUGUGCGUCUGUUCAUUCUGACAGUGUUACAGAGCCUCCCUCCAUCAAAGCCCUACUUCCAUUCUUCCUAAGACAGUCAUUUUUACUCUAAAGAAUGUAGUUUUUCUUUAUACCUAUAGAUGAACACUCUUUAAGCUGCCAACAUUAAUUCAGAUGUACUUACUAAAUAGCUUAGUGUCAGAUAGUUACUUAGGAAAGGGUGCGGGGACAUUUGUGGAAAAGCGUGUAAUUACAUGUUGACUUGGUUAGGGGGCUAUGCAUUUUAUCUCCUUUAAAAGAGUAAUCUUUGUAUCUAGCAUAAAUAUAUGCAGAAGUGUUUUGAGAUUCCUCACUGCUAGAUUAUAAGAAAUAUCAGCUGUUUACAAUAGUGUCUACAAUGUACUGUAUAUAAGCUUAAGUAUAGUGUUCUUUGGGGAGAGUUUCCCCCACAUUUGAAUCUGGCCAGCUUGUUUCUGUUUUUCUCCCGUAGCAACUAAAUGUGGGAGAGCAGUGUCUAGUCUGGUGGCCCUGUGUUGCUGGUGAUUUACCUGCUGCCAACUUUGCCAGGCCUCGUUGUGAGAUGUGCUGGCUGCAUUGCAGACUCAGCAGUUCUAAAUACACCCUUAGCUGAGUAACUGAUGUAUUUUUCUUUUGUGUUUUUGAGAUAGAGUCUCACUAUGUAUUCCAAGCUGGCCUGGACCUUAUGUGGCUCAGGCUGGCCUCAACCUCGUGAUCUUCCUGCCUCUACCUUCCAAUUGUGGGAUUAUAGGAUGAGGACCCCACCACAUCCAGCAACUGUUAGUCAUUUUGAAUAGUUGAGUCUUUAUCAAUUUCAAAUUAGAGAUGGUAUGCUGUUGAGACUCGUUAGCCAUGUAGUAAGGAGCCAGUGAGGCUAUUUUCUAAGUAUAAUUUGAAGUUAAAAAGAUACAUCUGAUGAUAGGAUGUUUACACAAAGAGACAGACUGUCUUUUUACAGACUUGGAAAUAGCCAAAGUGAGGAUCUUUUCUUCCUUACCACAGGCUGCCCAACUCUUUUCUGCUCACCAGCAGUCAAGGAGGGAUGGCUGCUGCACGGUCUGCCGGUCCAAGAACCUGUGGGCCACGCUGCAUCUGUCUUAAGUCCCUUUUCUCUGUCUCCCGAGCUACAGUGCUAAAUCUUAUGCCUGUAAAGCUCGUGUCUGUACGGGGAGAGACGUGAGCAGCUCCAUCAUCUGUCUCCUCCAUGGUAGAGCACAGCACACUAACUUCUGUGAAAGAAGCCGUAAAGCCUCCGUAGUGCUGGGGACUUGCGGUUUUCUCUUUUGUCACUUGGCCGUUUAUGUUAUGGAUAGGAGAUGCUCUUCUCUCCAGAUCUCCAGGAACCUAAAAUUAUUGGAAAUUUAUUUUGGGUUUAAUGGAGACAAUAAGACCAAGAACUGAUUCAUGCCAGUGACAAUCCUUCACUCUCUGAAACUGCUACCUCUUAGUCUCUUCGCAGUGCUUGGCCCCUUGGGUAUCUUUCCUUCUUGUUACCCAAACUGUGUUUUCUGUGCCUCAGAAGAAAUAUUACUUCCCUUAGAAUUAUUUGUACAUGACGUGCAUUUAUUUUUUAAAGUAUUGGGCUUCAGGGGCUCCAUGGGGGAGAGGUCAGCACAUUGGUACACUCAGUUUAUGUUGCAGUUGGACAUAUGCAGUUGUUUAUGGACAAAAGAACAGGACCUUGAGACACCGCUCGCACUCCUAGCUACUGUUUCAGGAGAGCUGUGGGGAGCAGUGUUUGUGUUCUCUUUCUGUACCCUCACCCCACCGCAUCUUCUCCUGCAUUCAACUAAGACUGUCAUCUUUCUCACUCUAAAGAUACACAACUUGCCAGGCGGCGGUGCUAGCACGAUUGCACUUGUUCACAUAGUUUAACAUUCUUACUGUGCUGUAUACAUACAUGAUUUUACCGGGAGCAAGGUUUUCAAGAGAAGAUAAUUUUAUAUUAAUUAGUUUAAGAAUAUUGUACUAGGCAAGUAUUUAGUUUAGUUGCUUGAAUUAUGCUUAAGGUAUUUGUAAUUUAAUAAUGGCAGAUUAACCAGAAGUCUACUGAAAUGUAAAAUUAACUGGAAAUAACUUUUUAAAUUUAUAUUUUUGAUGAUUUUAGCCUGGAAAAAACAUUUUAUUUUAGAAUAUUGAAAAUGCAUGCUACUUAAGAUUUGUCUAGUUCAAAAUUUAAACCUUGCUGGGUCACUUUUACACAUAGGAACAUCCUGGGUAAUCAUGUGUUGCCUGAUUGAUGUUCUUGUUUAUUUUGAAUUCUGGACACUUUUUGGACUAGGAAUAGUUAAACUUGUGAACUAGGAUAAUGCUGGGUGGAGCAGAGUGGGUUUGGGACAUUGGGGCUGCAACAAAUAGGAAACAAAAACAAUUAGCACAGAUGAAAGGAGCAUUGUGUAGGAUUUGCCACGGUGUUAGUGGAAAGGGCAUAUUUAAUUACAGAAUAAAAAGGGUGAUUAGGUCAGCUUUUCAUAUGGCUUGUCAGUUGUUUGGUAAAUUACAGAUUUUAGCACAGCUUGCUUUUUAAGGUCCAAAAGGAAAAGCACUUAUUCUUUCAGAGUGUCUGAAGUGUUUAUAGUAAUAAUUUGUGUAAAAAACUGAUGGCUUACAUGUUUGUUUGUUUGUUUGUUUGUUUGUUUGUUUAUUGCAAUGAAAACCACAUACCAUAAAGUUUGUCAUUCUGACUGCUUCUAAAUGUUCCACUUUCUUUGUUGGGAAACAAGCAUGGACUUUAUUCUGCACAGUUGAAAUGCUGCAUCCAUCAAAUACUCCCUUCUUUCCUCCCUCCGUGCAGCAGGGCUCUGACUCCAUAGAAAGCAAGCACUCAAAUUACUAAGUAGAGUCAUUUGUGUUUGCAAGAUCCAAACCUAGGUAGACAUUAGGUUCCUGAAAUUUGAGGGAAGGGCGUCUCUCCCCUGACAUAAUUGUUAUUUUUAUGUGUAUAUUAAUUGAAAGUGUUUAUUUUUUGCUUUAAGGGGGAAAACACAUUUUAAAUAUGAGAAAUAAGUUGGCUUUGGUUUUCUGCUAUACUGGGAAGGUAAUAGAUUUUUCACAAGUAAUUUGUGCCUUGUUAUAAACGUCAGCUGUCAUUGAGUCUAACUGUCAAAGUCUCAGAAUACCUUUUCUUUUAAAAUGGCGACCUAAUUCAGCUUGCUAUACAAUAGGAAUGCUUGCUGAUCCUACUUGAUAAUCAUGUAUAUCCUUUUGACUUAUACAUGCAUGCACACAAACGCGUGCACAGUAGCAGUAUUGAUGAUUACAGUUGUAUGUCCUUAAACAUUAAUGUGAGGAAGCUCUUAGUGUUGUCUCGUGUAUUGUUGCUUUACUGCAGUGAGGGAGAAAUCCUUUGCACCGAGCUUCAGUGGCCGAUAAGUUGGUAGCAGUGCGUAAAACUACAGUGUAAAAAUAGGAGUGGGUAGUUAAAAGAGUUAAGUUGCUACUUUGGCAUUUUCUACCUCCUUUUCUACCAGAAUAUUGCUUUUCUUUCCCCUUUAUAGCAUCAUGUCUUAUUUGUGAGUGAAAAAGAAACAACCUGAGGUUAAAGUUAAGAUUUUCUUUCUCUCUCUCUCUCUUUCUUUCUUUCUUUUUUUUUUUUUUUUUUUUUGAGAAUUUAAGCAAUAGAGGUACAGGAAAAGUGACCUGUCACAUUAAUUUGGUGCCUAAAUCUAAAAGAUUGAAUUGAUAUGUACAAACUGUCUAAGAAGGAUAGUAGUACUGAGUAUUUGGAUUGUCCUGUAUUGAUUUUAUUUCAUAAACAUGACUUCUUUUCUCAAAA